CGUGCUCCUCGCAAUUGAUAUACCUGCGCUCAUCUCGUGUGUGCGCGACGCGUUGCAAAUCGAUAGCCGGAAAAAAGGAGAAAUAUGAAGCCAGUGCCUCUGUGAACACUGUGGAUAGCAUAAACGAAUGCGAUGCGUUCGCAUUUAUGUAAAAUAAUGCACGUUGCAUAACGUAAUUUUACGUCGCACUGCGGGGUCGUCGGGUCAGGGUCAUUUUUGUUUAUUUAUCCCGGAAAAAACAUCGUGCGAGGGUUGGCAUCCCUGACGCCUCCCUUUGUCGUAUACAUGCUUGCACAACGAUGUGUUUACGUUGUAAUUUGGGAAACGUUGCCUCCUUGUAAGGACGGACCACAUUUAACGUGUCUGCAGUAAUGAAGCGCGCGGUAUCGGAAGAAAACAGUGAAGCUAAAGGAACCUUUAUCAAGCAACCUUUGUCUAUCAACUUUGGAUAUGAUGCUGCCUAUGCCAACUAUACUUCGCCACACACUCCUUCCACUGUUGCUCAACCUCUACCGGGACAGCCACCUUUACCUCCUAUACCACCUCCACCAAGUGGAGUCCCACCUCCGCCUCAUGUAUUCGGACCAGUGCCUUCCCAAGUCGCUCCUAUUCAAGCAUGGCCACAUCCACAUGCUCAGUGGCAAUGGAUAACACCUCAAACAUCCCCUUUGCCACCACCAACUCCUCGGGAGAUUGAUGGAUUUUCAAGAGAGAUGCCUCUAAGAGGUAAUUAUGUACGCCGGGAAAGAUUUACUCACAAUAGAAGUAAUAUGUAUGUUCAGAGGAAUAAUUUUCACUGGAAAAAUAGAAGACUGGUGCGGUUUGGACAGUCACAGGGUCAGUUUGAGCAAGCUGCGUAUUUUGGGGCAACGUUGACGGGUGGUCUUGGUUUAGAAUGGCAAAGAAAUAAUUAUACCGCAACAACGAAUGAUGCAAUAAUAAAUCAUAUGGCCCUUCCUUUACCUAAUCAUUCCAUACCUCCCAUUCCACCAGGAAUCGUGAACAGCAGGCAUGGUGAAGAAACGGAGGAUCAGGAUGUGAAAAUUGAGAAAGUUAUAGUAAAGAAGAAGAAACAAAGAAAGCCAAUGCCUCAAAGCUAUCGCAGUAGACCGUGGAAUAAGGAGGAUGCAGAGAGAGCUCUGAGGGUUGAAAAUGAAUAUACGACAGUUAAAUCGCAGGAAUUAAUAAUUAAAUUUCCUGAUCCGGAGUUAAAUAAGGAUAUUGUUAAAUUAUUUCAUUCCGGUAUACAGAACAUACAUUUUCAAAAUCCUAGUAGACCGAGGUACUGUUUCAUCGAAAUGGGAAAAAAUGUGGAUAUUGAUGAUGCUAUAAAGGAAUUGGAAAAAGUUCAAUUUGGCGGCGGAAGCUUAAAAGUUGAAAGAAAGUCGUUGAGAGAUGAGGAUAAUCCAAUGCCUGAAGACAUAGAUCCUUAUACUUUAUAUAUAGGAAACUUGCCUGAAUCCCUUAAUGAAAAUGAGCUAAAAAGCAAAUUUCCAACAGCUGUACUAGUAGUAGGAUAUGCGCAAAAGAUGAGGAACACUCGAUAUGCUUUUGUAAGAUAUAAUAGCGUAGAUGAAUCAAUAGCAGCUUACAAACAAGCACAUGAAUUGAUGUGGGACACGAGGGGUAUUAUUGUCAAGUUUAGACGACUGCGAGGUAACGCUUGUAUUCCUGGAGAGCCCAAACCUAAUGUUAAGAAAGUAAAAGAGGAGCCAAAUAAUGCCACACAAGUGAAAACGGAAGGAAAUGCAAAUCAUAUUGAAUCGAAGUCUAAUAUUAAAGACUUAAAAGAGGAAGAGAAUAAUGUUGAUCAAGUAAAUCAAGAAGAUAAAAUUAAUCACGCGAACAAAUCGCCGACGAAACAAGACACAGAUAAGGUGGAAAAACGAGUGGAAAAACGAGUGGAAGAGCGAGUGGAAGAGCGAGUGGAAGAGCGAGUGGAAGAGCGAGUGGAAGAGCGAGUGGAAAAUGAUUCAAAUCAAACAAAAAGUAAAUCGGUUUCUCCAGUCUCUUCUCAAAAGCAAAACAAGAAUUCUCCUUCAUCUGCACCACCAGCUUCAAUUACUUCAGCUAAAACAGCAGAAGAGCAACAACAACAACCUUGGACAUCGCAACCUUUUCAAAUACCUUCAGCAUCGGAAGCUCCUCCGCCGUGUCCAAUUGAGACAGAAGCUGCCGAAAAAACAAUCAUUCUUACACAGAUUAAAGAGGAACCCCUGGAUUACGAGGAGGUGGGCAUGUCGUAUAAUAUCCGUUCGGACGAUGACGACGAUGAUGAUGAUGAUGAUGAUGACGACGACGACGACGACGAUGAUGAAGAACCGGAUGAAACUGAUGACGAUGAAGAACCGGAUGAAAAUGAUGAUUAUGAAGAAGAGAAAGAUGACUUCCAAAAGGAUGAUGACGACAACGAUGAAGCUGUCGAUGACGAUGAAAAUAUAAUUUUUAGUGAAAAACCGUCGGAAGCACAAGAUGACGAAGAACCAACCGAUCAUCUCGAUCAAAUGUUCAGCGAUUUGGAGAACAUGACAGGCGAUUUAAGUUUUUUAAAACGCUGAAUGAUUUAUAUAUCGUUUCAGUAGACUCAUAUUACGCUGAUCCAGUUUCUAUAAAAGUUAGUUUCGUAUGUAAUAUGUAAAUAUUACUUAUUACCUAACAUAAACAAAUGAGACUGCAUGUAUUUAAUAUAGUAAUAUAAGCAAUUAUUAUAGUCGUGUUUAAGCAUUUUGUAAUUAUCAUUUUUUCAACUGAAUUUUAAUGACUACCAGGCUUUGCAAAAGAUUAGAAAAUUAUGUAAGUUAUUAUACCAUUAAAAUUAUUAUUUUGUA